UUAAAUAAGACGAUGGAUAUUGACACAAAAUUAACAAAACACGGAAGUAGGAAAAAGUAGGGUGUGUGUGGGUCCUACUUGCCAUUCUUAGAAACAUCGAACUAAAAUUCCGGUGAACGGAAUAAAUCAACGACGAGACGACGGAAAGAGAGAUGACACAAGCAUACGGAGAAGCAUGGUAUUGGGACAAACGUUAUGCAAAGGAAUCAACAACCACUUUUGAUUGGUAUCAAAAAUAUGAAUCUUUAUCCCCUCUUUUACAUCUUUACAUCCCCACCUCCACCUCCACUCGCCGCCGUGUCCUUGUUGUUGGCUGCGGCAAUUCCGCAUUUAGUGAAGGCAUGAGCAAGGAUGGUUAUACAGAUAUCGUGAACAUUGAUAUAUCAUCCGUUGUUAUUGAAGCAAUGCAAAAGAAAUACUCGGAUUCCCCUCAUCUGAAAUAUAUCGAAAUGGAUGUUAGGGAUAUGAAAGCUUUUGAAAACAAUUCUUUUGAUGCAGUUAUUGACAAAGGAACCUUGGACUCUCUUUUGUGUGGUCUCAAUUCGAAACAAAAUGCUGCCAAGAUGCUUGAGGAGGUCGAUAGGGUCCUGAAGAAGGAGGGAGUGUAUAUUCUGAUAACAUAUGGUAUUCCAGCUUAUCGAAUAUGUUUGCUAAAAGAAUCUCACUCGUGGGCCAUCAAGCUUCAUGUGAUAGAUAAGUAUCUGCCAGGAGAGAGUUCAAAAGGAGAGACAUGGGAGCUGACUCGGCCCGUUCCAUUGAAUAGUGACGGAAGCCUGAAGGAUGGUAGUCCUUUAGAGAACAUGGAUGUUCAUUACAUCUAUGUCUGUACUAAGGUGUGAAGAAAGAGACUGAGCUCAAGUAUUUCUUGGUUUAGAAAGAGAUCGUGUCUUUUGUCUGUAAUAAUGUUCGCUUAAUAAGUUACACAACACUAGCUAUAUAUGUAAUUGUAUACAUGUAAGUUACACAAUACUUAACUAUAUAUGUAAUGGUGUACAUGUAAGUUACACAAUACUCUUUCAAAAAAACUAUACAUGUAAUUGUAAUGAUGGCCUUGGUGAAUUGAAAUGAUUUGCUUUGAUC